AUGACCCAUAACUGCCAGGCGGCAACAGAAACUAACGCCGAACCGAGAAAUGCGGGAAGAACCCUACACGAGCAGCACCAAUCGUUCAUGGACAUGUGGCAGCGCAUCGGCGUGGAACCAGCGGAGCCUCUGGUGCGCCUGGGGGUGGAGCCGCGGGAGAGAGCAGAGUCAAGAAUGGGUGCGGAGGAGGAGGAGGAAGAGGAGGAAGAGGAGGAGGAGGAAGAGGAGGAGGAGGAAGGAGAACGAGGCCUCUUUGUCCGCUCGCCCCAAACCGAUCUCCCAGGUUCCCCCUCCGCUGGUCCCUCUGUUCCCCCUUCCGCGCCUUCCGCUCCCCCGUUUGCGCCCGCGCGUCCCCCCAUCCCCGCCGGCACGCCUCUGCUGUCCGUGCCUCUGCGCGCCACGCUCUGGGUGCCUCUGCACGCCACGUCAGCAGGAGGGGGAGGGGGAGGAAGGGGGGGUGGAAGUCCAGUGCAGCGACUGGCGAUUGCGCUGCUGCAGGCGGUGUGCGGGGGACGGGACGGUGGGUUGGGCGCAGGGGAGGGGGAGGGAGGGAGGGGAGUAGUGGGGAUAGAGGCUGAUGGGGAGAAACGGACUGAGGGAGAGGAGGGGACGGUUGGCAGCAGUGUGCAUGAGCAGAAGGGGAAGCAGGCAGAGGAGGAGCAGAAGUGGGAGGAAGGGACAGCGGGCGGCAUAUGGCGGCAGUAUGCAGAGGAGCUGCUGCCGAGAGAGAUAGAGGCACGUGCUGCUGGUGUGAUGCCAUGGGUGACCCUAGCCGAUUGGAGUGACGAGGAGCUAGAGCACCUGCAGUCGCCCCCAGCAGUAGCGGAGGUGCCAGCAUACGCGGCAGAGAUGGCAGCAAUGGAAGCGGCAGUGGCAGCAGCCGUGCCAGGGGCGGGGAGGGAGAGAGCGCGGUGGGCUCUCCGUAUUGUCACCUCACGGUCUUUCUCCAUCUCCCAUGCUGUUGACCCUGCUGGCGCUGCUGAUUUUGCUGGUGCCGCUGACCGUUCCGGUGCUGCUGGUGCUGCUAGUGCUGCCGGUGCUGUUGGUGCGCCUGGUGCUGCCAAACCUGCCGAUCCUGCUGAACCUGCCGAAGCUACUGGUGCUGCGGAAUUCAGAGGAUCCGCUGUGGACACACUGCUCAGGGAUGGGGUGGGUGGUGGUGGACCGGUGGAGCAGUUGCCUUCUGCGUUUCAGUGGACAUGGCCAACCACGCCUGCAGCGCUGCCACAGAUUCACAUUCUGCCGUGCAGCCGUCUUCACCGUCUUACACUCUGUCUCACACCCCUUGCUCCUCCAUCCAUGCCAUUGCUCUCCCCUCAUCCCGGCUGCUCCUCGCAACCACCUCAGGUGCUGGUGCCUUUGGUCGACAUGGCCAACCACGCCUACAGCGCCGCCACAGAUACGCAUGCGGCUGUGCAGCCUUCUGCCACGUGGCGCAUCAGGAGAGGGCGGACGCAGGACUCUGCAUCCGCCCCUCUCCCUCCUCGCUUUGAGCUGCUGGCCGCACGCCCUUUAUGCCCCGGCGCCCCAAGUCACCAUCUCGGCCCUGCAUCCAACCCUCCGCGCUUUGAGCUGCUGGCGUUAUGCCCUCUGCGCCCCGGCCCCCAAGUGACCAUCUCGUACAACCCCUUCACCUCCUUUGCCUUCCUAUCUCUCCUUCCCUCCCAUCCCACCAACCAGGGCCCUUCAUCCCCACCUCUCCCUCCGCGCUUUGAGCUACUCGCAUCUCGCCCUCUGCGCCCCGGCGCCCAAGUGACCAUCUCCUACGGCCCCCUCACCUCACUAGCCUUCCUCCUCUCCUUCGGCUUCCUCCCGCGCAGCAACCCCGCCAACCGAAUCACCAUCUACUCCCACUCGGAGCAAAUGAUGGACGAUGUGGAGGAGAGGGUCACUCGCCUGCAGCACAAGAGGCACCUGCUCUCUCAGAUGACCUCAGAGGACGCUCCUCUACUCGCCUACACCGGUGGCAUAGCAACAAGGCUGAUGGAGUGUCUGCUCGUGCUGCAUGCAUCAUCAGCAGAAGAGCUCGCACAUCUCGACCACCACUGGACCGCCUCUCGCUCUCUCACUGCUGCCAACGUCUCACCGCGCACACGCUCCGUGGCAGCCAAGCAGCUGGUGGAUCGCUGCACGGAGCUCCUGGACGACUACCCGACCACACUGCAAGCCGAUGAGGCGCAGCUGGAGCAGCUCAAGCGGACCGCGGCGAGUGAUGAGCGGAGCGAGGGAGGUGAGGGGGGUGGGGGUGGCGAGCAUGAGCAGGAGGGGAAAACGCAGCAGCGCUUGCAGGCAGCAAUUGAGUACCGAGUGGAGGAGAAACGGAUCCUUGCAGAUGUGAUUGCUCGCUACGGACGGGUGGUGAUGGUGGGUGCAUGUGAUAAGGUGGGUGCAUGUGAUAAGGUGGGUGCAUGUGAUAAGGUGGGUGCAUGUGAUAAGAUGGGUGCAUGUGAUAAGGUGGGUGCAUGUGAUAAGGUGGGUGCAUGUGAUAAGGUGGGUGCACGUGAUAAGGUGGGUGCACGUGAUAAGGUGGGUGCACGUGAUAAGGUGGGUGCACGUGAUAAGGUGGGUGCAUGUGAUAAGGUGGGUGCAUGUGAUAAGGUGGGUGCAUGUGAUAAGGUGGGUGCAUGUGAUAAGGUGGGUGCAUGUGAUAAGGUGGGUGCAUGUGAUAAGGUGGGUGCAUGUGAUAAGGUGGGUGCAUGUGAUAAGGUGGGUGCAUGUGAUAAGGUGGGUGCAUGUGAUAAGGUGGGUGCAUGUGAUAAGGUGGGUGCAUGUGAUAAGGUGGGUGCAUGUGAUAAGGUGGGUGUAUGUGAUAAGGUGGGUGCAUGUGAUAAGGUGGGUGCAUGUGAUAAGGUGGGUGCAUGUGAUAAGGUGGGUGCAUGUGAUAAGAUGGGUGCAUGUGAUAAGGUGGGUGCAUGUGAUAAGGUGGGUGCACGUGAUAAGGGAUGCACGUGGAGAGGCGAGGCGUCAACAUAG